UCCAAUGGACUUCAACUACCAGUCGCAUAUUUCUUUGACCUUCAGUGGGAGGGGACAACAAGAGCAAGCAUGGCAGCUGGAGUUCUUACCAAAGGUUUGUGCGGGUUCCGCCAGCCCCGGAUUGUUGCAGCCGGAUACUCCUGUAGUGGACCUCUCUAUGCGACUGCUACCGCAGUCAAAACACUUCCUUUGCAAACUGACAGCACGGCUGUCACUGACAAGAUCCAGAACUUGCCUCUUGAAACGCCAGAUUUCUUUCACUUGUCAGAACUCUUCUCCUUAAAAGAUCUAUUCGAUGCCAGAGUGCACCUUGGACACAAGAAAGGCUGCAGACACAGACUGAUGGAGCCCUAUCUAUUCGGCAGUCGUCUGGGCCAGGACAUCAUCGACCUGGACCAGACAAUGGCGCACCUCCAGAGCGCCCUGAACUUCACCGCCCACAUCGCCUACCGCGGCGGCAUCAUCCUCUUCGUCUCCCGCCGCCGACAGUUCGGCCACGUGGUGGAGAGCACGGCAGGGGACUGUGGAGAAUAUGCCCACACACGCUACUGGCAGGGUGGUCUGCUCACCAAUGCCCCAAUCCAGUACGGCUCGGGGGUCAGGCUGCCUGACCUCAUCGUCUUUCUCUCAACUCUCAACAACGUCUUCCAGCAGCAUGUGGGGGUCCGCGAUGCAGCCAAGAUGAAUAUACCCACGGUGGGUGUGGUGGACUCUAACUGCAACCCCAGCCUGGUGACAUACCCGGUGCCUGGGAAUGAUGACACACCAGCCGCAAUGGAGCUGUACUGCCGCCUCUUCAAGAUGACCAUCAACAGGGCCAAGGACAAGAGGAGGCAGAUGGAGCUGCUCCAGGGUCUAUCACCACCGGGCCUCACACAGGGUUCCUCGUGAGAGGCACUGGUGGAAUUAAUGAAGGGCCCCUUUUUGAGUUAUUUGAAAAUGCAUUAUUCAAUUUUACUCCCUUGAAGUUAACCCUGACCUGAAAUGAUAGGAUAGGUAAAAUCUCUGCCUUUUGGUUAAGAUCAAGUGUAGUAUUUGAAAGCAAAUAAAUUGUUAUUGGUCGGGUGUA